AUGCCAUUCGCUACUCCAGAGACAGUAGAACAGGAACAGGGCUGGACCGUGGCCACCAAAGAAAACUGCCGCAGUCACCGCCCCCAACAACAGCAACAACAACCUCGGGCUAGCCUUCCAUUCCGGGCACAAGGUCACUCCAGUGGACAAAACACGUCCAACUAUGGUUCUGGUUCCCAAAUUAAACGAAGGAACGAGUGGAGAAUCGAGUUCAAGACAUCGACUGCCCAGACCGGGAUACCAGCCGUCCACGACAAAACCUAUCCGGGCGUAACAAUUAAAUCAUCUGACAACGUAAUAGCUCAUGUCGACACACAGGUUCAGAACUAUCCCCAUCUUAUAAACAAAAUCAACCAGUACAGGCAGCAUAUCGACAACGAGAUGCUAAGGAUGAAGAACGAGGGAAAGGAUCAGCGGUUGCAGGACAUCUCGCUUGUCAUCAUCCAUGAAUAUCCGCACAAAGGUGGUCGACCCGAUGACCCAUUUCCAGACGAGGAAUGGCACGUCACUGUCGAGCUUCUGCGUCGCUCGGACAGGAAUCCUAAUCUCUGGAUGAAGAAGCUACUCAUCUUUUCCACAGAAUCCGUGGACCACGAACUCUCGUUUAAAACCCAAAGGGACAAGGGAGAGUAUGCCACGACGUAUAAAUGGGGAACGAAGAUUCGGGAAGAACUAAAGAUAACUACCAGGCAUCACCUCCAUAUAAACGAGCCUACUGACAUACCCGAGGAGAUAUGGAAGAGAUGA